AUGGCAAUGUCCGUUCCAUUGCCUUCUUGUUUGCAUUUUCAUAUUUCCUCCAAUUUUGAAAAACUUGGCUCUUUCCUUGAAGCUAGUGAACAAAAACCAUCUGAUUUGCAGGGAUAUAAAAGUGUGAUUAAUUCAAAAAGCGCUGAAGAAGUGCUGGCUAAUUUUGCAAAAUGGGAGCCUAGGCAUGGGAAGUUUAGGUAUUGUCAUCCUUGGGCACAAUAUUUGGAAAUUGGUGGAAUUGCUCGAGAUUGUGCUUAUCGAAUUCAUGCCCUAAAUGUCUAUCUUAACUAUGAAACUCAGAUUGAACAGGAAAUUAGAACUAAAAUUCAAGAGCCAUGCAUGAAGGUGUGUACAGAAUGUGGCCAUGUUUUAAAAGAAUUAGCAUUGGCUAUGAAGACAAUGACAUAUCCACUCACCAUUAUAGUCCACAUUGACAAUGCAAAAAUUGCUGCUGAAAAUCUCAAGUCCUUACUCCACACAAAUAGUUCAUGGGAGGGAAUAAAUUUUUCUGAUAUCAUUCCUAUGGCAACAGUAGCUUCAUUACUCAUAGAAACAGUUUCUUAUACUAUAAAGAUGGUGGAAUCAUUUGAUCAACUUGCUGCCUUAGCAAGAUUCAAGAAGACUAAUCGAUUCGCCCCGGUGAGAAUAAGAACUAAUAGUUGGAAAACGAAAAGAGUAAUGCCAAAUCAGCCAAGUACAGAAAGUGUACAUCAUGAUGUUGCAGCAGAGUGA